AUGGCCAAUUCAGCGCGCAAGAAACAGCAUCUCUCUCCGGAGCGCCAUGUACAAAUGACUCCGCGCAAUGAUGCGCCCCUCCAGCUCAUCACACCGUUUCGCCGCGCCAUUAGUGCAGGCCCCACCCCCGGGAGCAGAAGGACGCCAAUUGCUCGCACACCAGUGCUUGCCCGCGAUAGUCGUCCUGUAGAACCCUCUCCGCAACUCCCACCCCCGAGAACACGACACUCAGCUCUCGAUCUUCCCGAUGUCGAAGAUGGCCCACAUAUCGCUGCUCCCCGACUCUCCAUGCCCCUUGAUAACAUGUACGAUGACGAGGAUAGUUUCCACAGCGCACCACCACGGCAAUCGCUUCUCCCUGACCUACCUGACGAUGUCGAUGGCGGGACCGUACAGUCUCUCGAGUUUGGACGUAAAGCCAUCAGUGAGGAUCCGCGCAUGUUUGGAGGAAGACAGAGCGAACGGUUUGGAGACUUGAGUGAGCUCGGUGCAGUGGAAGAGGAGUACGAGAUCGAUGGUACAUUCAUCAGCAGACGUGCAGAUGGAUUGCUUGAUCAGACAAUCGAUGGAGGGUUGGACGAGGACGAUACGACGACACAAAUGCGUGCAUUGACUGGGCGGAGAGACGGACGUCCAAGUGAUGUGAACCUGGGUGUUUUUGGCGAAGUCGAAGACGACAUGGACGAGCCCACUUUCCGCUUCCAAAUACCCGAACGUAUACGUUUGCCGGUGCAAGAAGACCAACGAGAGGGACAGAGAGAUCAGGAAGUUGAGGAAGACCAGGACAGGGAUAUUGGUCCACAGGAUCUACCCGAUGAUUCGGAGAUGCUAGACGACAACGAGCAGGAGAAUGAAACCUUAGCUUUGGACCGCAACAAUCUCAUCGAAGAUGACGGCAUGCUAGGCUGGGAAUCAGAUCCUCCGGAAGAUGAUGAUGCUGAACUAGCAGCCUAUCGAGAAGAGGAAUCGGCGAUAGACCGCAGUCUACAAACAAAGUCGCCCGAACAACGCCCUCCGGUGCAGCUAAAGGGCGUCCGGAAGUCCAAAGAAUACAUGGUCUCGGCGCAUGGCAUUGGGUACCCUUCAUUCCCGGCGGCAUCAGUCAAGAAGCUCGCCAUGGGUUUCAUGAAGUCGCAGGGGAGCAAAGGUCAGCUCAAUAAAGAAGCGCUCGAUGCUCUCGUGCGUACAACCAACGACUUUUUUGAGCAGAUUAGCGGCGAUCUCGCGGCAUAUGCACAACAUGGCGGACGGAAGAUGAUUGAAGAAAGCGACGUCGUAGCGCUUAUGAAACGUCGGUUCACUAACGACGAGCAGAACCCGGACGACUACAGACAGUAG